GCAAUCAGUUGCAAUGCCGCAUUAAGAUAUAUCUUCAGGCACUUUUAGAGCUGUUUCAACAGAGUGCGGUGCAAUCACAGCAUUAAUGAUGGCUUCUGUCUUGGUGCGACCACAUGACAAUUUUCGGGCCGUGUCGGAAUCUGGGAAUAGCUUCUUUAUCAAGCUCUUAGGGGGUAACGGGUGUAGACUGAAGAGCUACUCGAAGGUGCUGGGGGACCUGAGGACUUUUUCCGAUUGCUCUGAGAGCUCUCGCUGCGGCUCGUCUGCCCAAGACCUUAGUCAGAGCAAGGCGCGGGCGAGACCGCCCUGGAGGAUUGUGUUCUUUGGGACAGAUGACUUCGCACUGGAAUCUUUGAAAAUUCUCACAGAGUCUAGACAGAAGCACAGUGAGAGACUUAUAGACACCCUUGAAGUGGUUACUUUGCCUAAGGAGCUGCCCGUGAGAAGAUUUGCCAGCCAGAAUGAUCUUCCCAUCCAUGACUGGCCAGACAUGAACCUCCGCGAACAGUUUGACGUGGGUGUGGUAGUGUCUUUUGGCUGCCUUCUCCGAAAGAAUCUCAUCGAACAGUUUCCAUAUGGCAUUCUUAAUGUCCACCCCAGCCUGCUGCCCCGAUGGCGCGGGCCUGCUCCAGUCUUUCACACCAUCCUCAAUGGGGAUACAGUCACUGGGGUCACCAUCAUGCAGAUCAGACCCAAGAGGUUUGAUGUGGGCCCGGUCUUGAGUCAGGAGUUGUAUCCAGUUCCACCAAACUGUACGGCCGAGCAGCUAGGAGCCUCUCUGGCCACCCUGGGAGCUCAGAUGUUAAUCUGCACUCUGAAGAACCUACCAGAAAGAAUAGCAAACAGACGAGAACAGUCCAAGGAUGGAGCCACUUUAGCUCCCAAAAUCAGCACUGCAAUGAGCUGGAUUAACUGGGAGGAGCAGACUUGUGAUCAGAUUAACUGUCUGUUUCGAGCCAUCUCAUUUCGGAUUCCCCUUCGAACUCUGUGGAUGGGAGAAACAAUAAAGCUGCUGGAUUUUGUUGGAAAAUUCAAAACUCCAGUUUCUGAAAUGGAAGGAGCCCAAGCCCCAGCCCCAGGCUCCAUACAGUUCAAGAAGGAGACAAAUACUCUGCUUGUGCGCUGCAAGGACGGCUGGGUGGGGUUCAAAGCCGUUAAGUUGAAGAAAAGACUGUCGGCAGCAGAUUUCUACAAUGGCUAUCUUCACCAGUAUUUUCUAAAGAAGUCCUCCACGCCACAUAUUGAGUGCCUGUUUCAGAACCCAAGACCACAACCCAGAGAUUCUCAUUCAGGAAAAGAAGUUCAAUCAGAAAUGGUGAAACAAAAUGUUAUUUAGGAAGGCUUGACUAGAGGCAGAUACCACUGAAAAAGAAGCAAAUAUACAGAUGAAAAGCAAGGUUUUAUCAAAUGAAAAUAAAUGUGAUGAAAUGCUGGAAGAAAACACCUUUUCCUCAUCUAAGUCAUGUUAAAAUUACAUUUAGAGUGCAUAGAAGAAUACAAGGGUUUCAGUUUAUCCUGGAUAUGUCUGCUAUUCAA